AUGACUUUUUUCUUUGCCUUUAUUUUGGCAUCUUUUGUCCCCAAAAUUGAUGCGGUUGUGAGUAAAGUACCCGCUCAUUCGGAAGCCCAUUUUCCAGGUGUACAAAGGCAUUCAAAUCCCCGAUCUGGGCAGUGGAAUUAUCGACCGAAGCUAUCGCUUCGAAAACUUUCCGGCGUUGAUAAAAAACGAGGACAAUUUCAAGGAAUGGUGCAACUUUAUGCCGCACUUCUUCAACGACAUGAGUCGUGCGGACGCCGAGAAAUGGGCCAGAAAUUUUUGUAGAGAUUACGGGGAACAAGACGCUUGCAAUACGUAUUUCAGCGACGAAAACAACAGAAUUCAACUGGUCAAUGCGACCAUCGAAUAUUACGAGGGGAAUCUGGGAUAUACGGCGGAUCAAAAGAAAACGAUGAGCGAGCUGCAGGUAAUUUACGUACAGUGGCGGACCUGACCCAGUGGCAAUAAACGUACCAUUUUGCAUCCGGGAAGUAUCAAAAAUGUGGCAAAAUGCUUCCCUCUCCAACUGAAAAAACUCCGAUUUCACGCGUCCGCAAUUUUGAGAGGUAAGGGACGUGCUCUUCAAAACGGAGGUUUUUUAGCUGGAGAGGGAGGCAUUUUGCCACAUUUUUUGAUACUUCCCGGACGCAAAAUGGUAUGUUUUUUUGCCACUGGAUCAAUUCCGUGGCCGUAUUUUUACUUUUAAAACACGAUUUUUGAGUCAGGGCACCAGCGGUGGUCUUAUUGUUAGGAAAAAAUCGAUUUUGAGAUUUUUGGCUUAAAAUAGUCGGUAGCACUUGUGGAAGAAAAGCGAAAAAUAUUUUUGCCCAAUUGUGCCCGGAAGGCAUAUUUUUUUACAAAAUACGUUUUUACACUUCAAAGCCACUGGAGGCCGAUGUGAUCCGACCACAGAGAUUAAACCGGGCAUACAGGGGGUUUUUGACACCCAGGAAUCUGAAAAUCGUAGCAUUUUUACCGUCAGAUUACUGUAACAUGGUCAUACUGUAAUCCGGUCGAUAAAAAUCGACGAUAACUUCUUUAGAUCAAAAAUGCCACAGGAUUUUAUUGCAGAUUCGGAAUCAGCAUAAAAUUCUGCUUCGGCUACAUGUAAAAUAUGUUCUAAAUUCCGUGGCCCAACCUCUGUAGUAUAGUGGUUGUGCGCCAGGAUUAUCAAUCUGGCGACCCAGGUUCGAUUCCCGGUGGCUGAAAAUGGCAGAAAAUGGACUAUAAAAGGGCGGAAACUUGGAAAAAAGGGAAAGUAAAUUACAGAAAAUUAAUUUUAUGCUACUUAGGAGCAGUUUAAAAGUUUUUGCAAGAAUUCCGCAUAAAUUACGGUUUUUAUGGAAAACGCCUUAUAGCUUGCCGGAAAGUGGAGCAAUCUGGUUAAAAUUUACAGAAGAGGUUACUGAGGCUUCCUACUACGAAAAUAAGUCCAUUUUUGCUUAUUUGGUUAAAUUUUUGGGAUAGCCUGGGUUUUCUUUCAAAUUCGGGAUUUUUAGAAGGCGAGCUGCGGCCGAGGUUUAUCGAACCGGACAAUAUUUGACCAAAAAGUCAUAUAAGAUUCACAAAAAGUCAUAUAAGGUUCCCUAACCGCACCGGGAUAACACAGCUUGUAUAACUUAGGCCGUCUUGCGCAUCCCACGAAAAACGGAGCGCGUGGACGCUCUAAUGGUAAAUCUACAUGAAGACUCAGUUGGUAAGGAACAGAGGCUAAACUACGGGGCUGUAACAUGCGUGCUUCCAUCUGAAAAUUAAACAACUGUUUUAUUUUGUUUUAUAUUGCAUUCCUCGGCGGAUAUGAUGAACAUUGGAUAGCAAGCGUUAUGUAGAUUCACCACAACUCUUUAGUUGCCAUUUGGGGCGAUCUUACGAAUGCUGUGAGGCGUUUUCCAUAAAAACCGUAAUUUAUGCGGAAUUCUUGCAAAAACUUUUAAACUGCUCCUAAGUAGCAUAGAAUUAAUUUUCUGUAAUUUAUUUUCCCUUUUUUCCAAGUUUCCGCCCUUUUAUAGUCCAUUUUCUGCCAUUUUCAGCCACCGGGAAUCGAACCUGGGUCGCCAGAUUGAUAAUCCUGGCGCACAACCACUAUACUACAGAGGUUGGGCCACGGAAUUUAGAACAUAUUUUACAUGUAUCCGAAGCAGAAUUUUAUGCUGAUUCCGAAUCUGCAAUAAAAUCCUGUGGCAUUUUUGAUCUAAAGAAGUUAUCGUCGAUUUUUAUCGACCGGAUUACAGUAUGACCAUGUUACAGUAAUCUGACGGUAAAAAUGCUACGAUUUUCAGAUUCCUGGGUGUCAAAAACCCCUGUAUGCCCGGUUUAAUCUCUGUGGUCGGAUCACAUCGGCCUCCAGAGGCUUUGAAGUGUAAAAACGUUUUUUGUAAAAAAAUAUGCCUUCCGGGCACAAUUGGGCAAAAAUAUUUUUCGCUUUUCUUCCACAAGUGCUACCGACUAUUUUAAGCCAAAAAUCUCAAAAUCGAUUUUUUCCUAAGACCGGGCCCCACUACUGGCUGACGCAGUGACUCAAAAAUCGUGUUUUAAGCUCAUUGUGUUAACAAGGGAAGCGUUCAAAGUCCGACGCGCGUUUUUUUUUUUAAAUUUUGCACACAAAUUGCGGAUAGGCCGUAUAUCGAUUUCUCAAAAGUUUAACCCGCCUUUUGCAAGAGCCCCCGAAAUAUUCAACGAUCUUUGCGGUCGAGAGAGCUCGCGAAAUACGGAGAGCGGUCAAAGAGAAACGCGUUUGGCCAUCUGUUUGCCAGUCAUUGAAAAAACUGAUUUUUUGUGGAAACGUUGGCCUCUUAUCACUGUAAACUAUGCACGAAAAAAGUUAUCUUUUGAAAAAACAGUCCCUUAUUUCCGUAGGGCUAAAAAUCUUCAUGCAUAAAAUUGCAAAUAGUCAUUAAAUUUUAGCCCAACUUUUAGAGUAAAGCUCUCCGUUUUUUCUACAAUACGCUAGAAUUUAGCAUGUAAUAGUCUGUCGGGAAAAUAAUGUAGAUUCAUGGCGCCUUAAAACGCUGAUUAUUGCUUCGUAACUGCUAGCGACGGCUGGAGAUUUGAUGUGCGACAGGACACUUUGCUGCGACAAAUUCAUAUUAUUUUCCCGACAGACUGGUGUUAAAAAAGAUUCAUCUCAAUUUACAACAAGUUGCAUUGAAGAGAUUGAAAUAUGAGAGCCGACAUUCUAACCCUUUCCUUGCAAAACUGUAACUUUUCUUAACGAUUCUUUUUUUAGGAGAUCCGCGCAACAAAAUGCUUGUCAAUUGCUGAGGAAUGCUAUGUCAGCAAUGGCUUCAAAUUCACUCUGACCUCGGCCGAACGAGACCAAAUGCGGCUGACCACCGAAGAUUGUUGGCAUCGACGACCGGUUCAGCUGAACUUUGCAAAGAAGACUUGCUAUGAGCCGUUGGCGGCACUCAAUCCUUUCCAGAAACUUGAAUCAUAA